AUUUAACUUAACUUUAAAAAUAAAAAUGACAAAUGUAACCGAAUCAAGGCCAUAUUGGUCUGAUGAAGCAAUCAGUUUUAUUAUCACAGCAAUUCGGAAAACUCCGUACAUGUGGGAUAAAACCCACAAGGAUUUUAGUAUUCGAAGCUUAAAGCACAGUUUUUGGAUGAAUUUGAAAUAUACGCUUGAGAAACGAUUCAAUUGUCGAGCAUAUACAAAUGAGCUGGCUAGAAAAUGGCUUAAUCUAUUGUCCUACUAUCGGGCUCAGCAAAAGGCAAUUUUAGAUGCAAAUGGCCGAGGAGCACAGCCCGAGGAAAUAAAACGAUUGGAGGGCUGGAAAUUCUUCCAGCUAAUGAAAUUCCUCCCCCUUGGUGGGCAUGACAAGAAUGGUGUGGAUGUAGAGAAUGUUUACGACAGCACCCACUCGGAGGAUUCGGACAACAUUAGCUCGUCUGCGCCAAUUGACGAAACCCAAGCAAGCAGUCAAUAUGCUGAUCCGGGAAGUCCCUUUCAGCAGUCCACUUCCAAAGUAGCAUCUAAGAAUAAAGCUGGAAAGCAAAUAGCGAUUGAGGAAUUCAACGUGCCCAUGGAGGAUAACGAUAUAGAAAUUGAGGAGACAACAUCAAUACCAUUAGAGCCCAUGACUGAUGGUUUUUCGAGCACGCCUAGUUUUCACUAUGGAAUGGCAAUUGGUCAGGAGGUUUUUGAGCUUGAAGAAAACUUGAAAAUCGAUGCAAAGAUGGAAAUUAUGCAAGUUAUUGUCAAAUACCAAAAGCAACAACUACACCGGACCGCAAUGAAUCUAGCUGGCAGUUAAGCAUUAUUAAUAUUAUUAUUAAUGGUUAUGUGUAUGAAUUUCGAACACUCGAAUGUAUGUAUGUUUGUAAGUUUGCACAAAUUCCAUAAAAGAUACACACAGGGUGACU